AUGGCCAUUUCUCAGCCGCCCCUUCGCUUCACAACCCAUAAGCAGCUCGUCCACCGCCUCGUCUUAUCCACACUUACCGGCCGUCCUGUGCACAUUUCUCAAAUUCGAUCCUCCUCCCCCACAAACCCGGGUUUGGCUUCCUAUGAAAUCUCUUUCCUUCGCCUUCUUGAAGCCGUCACCAAUGGCUCGUACAUGGAAAUCUCUUACACGGGAACAAUACUGGUCUAUAAACCGGGCCUUAUAACUGGCAACGCUUCCAGCAGCGGUACCAGCGGUGGGGUGAUUAAGCAUGAGCUCCCCGCAGGCUGUCCGCGUGGGGUGAGUUACUUUCUGAUCCCCCUAUGCCUUCUGGCACCUUUUUCGAAAGCCACCUUCAGUGUACUUUUUACUGGACCUGGUGUCAUUACUUCAUCGACUCCAACGGGCGACAUGUCUGUGGACAGUGUGAGAACUGCAGUCCUUCCUUUGUACUCGCAAUUUGGCAUAUUUAAUAAUAUUGAAUUGCGUGUUCUACGGAGAUCAAAUCCCGAUCGCAACGGAAGAGGCGGUGGGGGUGAGGUACAGCUGAUUUUCGGCCACCAAGUCAGGCUACCAAAAACUCUACACCUUCUAAACCCGGGAAGAAUUAAGUCCAUCCGAGGAGUUGCAUACUCCACUGGCGUUUCAGGAUCAAAUAAUGCAAGAAUGAUUGAAGUUGCUCGGGGGAUUCUCAAUCCUCUGGUGUCGGAUGUUUACAUAUUUUCCGACGUAUCCCCCGCCCCUUUAGUACCUGCACCUGAGAAGAAAAUUAUAAAUGCGAAAAGGAAAGUUGGAAUAGGAUUUGGUCUUUCUCUGGUCGCAGAAUCGUCUACCGGAUGUCUUUUUUCGGCCGAUUUGGCGUCUCCUCCGUCAGGUGGUCAACCGCCUGAGGAUGUCGGAAAGCAGUGCGCGUAUCAGCUAUUAGAAACAGUUUCAGUUGGGGGCUGUGUUUCUCUAGCUGGCGCCCCUACUAUUCUAACUCUUAUGGCUAUGGGCUCGGAGGACGUUGGAAGACUUCAAGUAGGCCGGGACAUUGUUUCUCACGAAGGUAUUGUACAGUUGGCUCGGGACUUAAGGGCUUUUGGUGCUCCUGGAUGGGGAGUUCGGAACGAAGUGGAAUCAACACACCCGAAUGAUGUCGUUAUUAGCGUGGUAGGACGAGGCAUAGGAAACGUGGGCAGAAAGAUUGUCUGA